AUGAUAUUUGCCACUUCUCUCCGACUUCUAGCUGUAUCUGUCAGCUGGGUAGUCGCUGCUUCAAUUAAUACCCAGACUACAACCAUUCCGACAGCUGAUAAUAUUACUACCUGCAACAACCAGGUGUAUAAAUACGAUACGCUCGCUGGUUACGGAAAGCUCCCCAGCAAUACCCGUGACAAGUACGGCGACACCAUUGGCGGUAUCGGAAGUGCCAUCGCAUUGGAGCCGAAGUCUUGGAAACUCGCAGGUGAUUCGUAUACAGGUGUGGUCUAUGGUCUACCUGACCGUGGCUGGAAUACACAGGGCACACAGAACACCCAGAGCCGUAUUCACAAGUUCUACGUCAACUUUACACCGGUUGAAGCCAAGAUCGAGAAGCCAGCUAGUCCUAACCUCAAGAUUGUUUACAAUGACACCAUACUCUUAUAUGGGCCCGACAGCACUCCUUUGACAGGUCUCGAUGCCACUGGAAGGACCCAGUACCCGGGGUUUCCAGAUCUACCCAUGGCCCAAUAUACUGGCAAUGGUUUCGGUGGGGAAGGAGAUGGCGGUAGUCGUAUCUCCCUAGACUCUGAAGGUCUAGUACUCAAAGACGGGAAUUUCUGGAUAAGUGACGAGUACGCUGCCUACAUCUAUGAGUUCGACCCAGAAGGAAAGAUGAAAAGUGCUACCCCAACCCCAGAUGCCAUCACCCCUCAACGCAACGGCACGGAUAGCUUCGACGCAGACUCUCCACCCAUCUACGAUCCCACAUACACUAUAACACCCGAAGAUCCCACUUCCGGACGAUCAAACAACCAAGGUCUAGAAGCUCUGACCUCGAGCCCAGAUGGAGAGUACAUCUACACCAUGCUCCAAAGCGCCACCGUCCAAGACGGCGGCACCUCCUCGAAAAAGCGUCGCAACACCCGUCUCUUCGUUUACAAAAACUGCAACGGCACAAUGAAGCUUGAAGCCGAAUACGCUGUCCAGCUUCCCGUUCUCCCCAACGACAAAGUAGCCAUCCAGUCCGAAAUGCACUAUAUCAGCCCCACCCAAUUCCUCGUCCUCGCGCAUGACUCCAACGCCGGCCGCGGACAGAAGUCUUCCGAGUCACUCUACAGGAACGUUGAUGUUAUUGAUAUUUCUAAGGCCACCAAUCUGGUCAAUCAAACAGGUGUAAAUGACGUUGGCGGACAGAUUGCGAGUAGUAAGGGCAAGCUCAAGAAAGAUAUCCAACCCGCCGAGUACUGUCCCUGGUUAUCCUUCAACGACAACGCACAGCUCGGCAAAUUUGGUCUACAUAAUGGCGGUGUGCAGGAUGUUAAUUUGCUGAAUGAGAAGUGGGAGAGCCUGGCUCUGCUGCCUGUGGAUGCGAACGACUCUAUUGGUAGAUCUGCCGCUUCGUCGGAUGAUAAGAGUGCAGCGAGGGAGUUUUAUCUCAUCUCCUUGUCUGAUAACGACUUUAUUACUCAGGAUGGAUAUAUCAACGGUGGCCAGACCAGGUAUGCUGAUGCUUCGGGUCUUGAUCUUGACAUCCAGGCUCUGGUCUUCAAAGUCAAGGUGCCGAGUGCAAUGUCUAGCACAGAAGAUUAG